ACUCUGCACAGCCCCUCCCCUAUUCUGGUUAUUGGGGAAAUCCCCGAAAUGCACGCUUUUCACUGAAACAAAAUAUUUUGCUUUAUAGCUGCUACGGAUUGCAUUGACAGAGAACCAAGGUGCUGCAAGAAAAGAUUCAUAAACGGGAGGCGAGAUCCUAUCGCCUUCCUCCCUCCCUCCUUGUGUCCCUGUGUCCAAUCCUCUCCUCCCAAACGGUCUUGUGAGCUGUCGAUAAAGUGAACGGAUACAGGAUGGAAGCGCUCAGACCCUCCCUGGGCCAAUGUUCCUUCCAGCAGCUUUGGGAGAGCAAUAUGACACCUCAGGGGCCCAGUACUCCACUGGUUGCUACUGAAAACUGGUCUGACCUGGAUGUCUCGAUAAAUGGCAUCCACUUACCUCCCUCACAGCUCCUUCCUGACGCGACUCUCCACAAGGUCUUUGACGAGGUGCUGUUUGAACUGCUGGAGCCCCCGGUUGUGGAGCCCUCUGUGUCAACCCUGGACAGCGUGCCUCCCCCCGCCUCCACUGUCCCCUCCACCAACGACUACCCUGGGAAGCACGGCUUCCAGCUGCGAUUCCAGAAGUCGGGUACCGCCAAGUCUGUCACCUCCACUUAUUCUGUGCAGCUGAACAAGCUGUACUGCCAGCUGGCUAAGACGUGCCCUGUGGAGGUGUUGAUGGCCAUGGAUCCCCCGCCAGGAGCCAUCCUCAGGGCCACCGCUAUCUACAAGAAGUCUGAGCAUGUCUCUGAGGUGGUCCGGCGCUGCCCCCACCACCAGAGCGCCUCAGAUAACAAUGAAGGCGUGGUCCACCGCAGUCACUUGAUUAGGGUGGAGGGGAGCCAGUGGGCUCAAUACCUGGAGGAUGGAAACACCAAGCGUCAAAGUGUGCUGCUGCCCUAUGAGCCUCCUCAGCUGGGCUCUGAAACGACUACUGUUCUCCUGAACUUCAUGUGUAACUCCAGUUGCAUGGGUGGUAUGAACAGGCGGCCCAUCCUCACCAUCCUGACCCUGGAGACCCAGGAGGGUCAGGUUUUGGGUCGCCGUUGUUUCGAGGUCCGUGUGUGUGCCUGUCCGGGCCGGGACCGCAAGACCGAAGAAGAGAACACAAACAAAGUUCUGAACGGGACCAAGACCACCAACGGCUCCAAGAGAAGUAAGACUCGGGCCACGUCUCAACCCUCGUCUCCUAUGUCAUUGUUGACAUUGUCUCCUCUCCCCUCAGAGUCCCAACAGGCCCUGCCCCCUCCAGGGACCAGCAAGAAGAUCAAGAAUGGCUCCAGCACUGAGGAUGAAGACAAGGACAAUGUAUUUUUGUUGCAGGUCCGUGGCCGAGAGCACUAUGAGUGGCUCAAGAAGAUCAAUGACAGUCUGGAGCUGAUGGACCACAUUCCUCCCGCUGAGCAGGAGAAAUACAAGAAGAAAGGUUCCGCAAAGAUCGUCAAGCAAGAAGCAAUGGCCCCGAAGAGCGGAAAGCGGCUGCUUACAAAGGAAGACAGGAGCGACUCGGACUAAGGCCAGGACAUGUCGGUCCUUAUUCUCCUGUCUAUUCCAGACCAACAUUAAGUUGCGACUCCCAAGUUAAAUGCCCAAUACCAAACCCUAGUCCCUACAUGUAGGCACUUUUGAAAGGAUAGAUAUUAGCAAGAUGGUAAUAGCUCCACCUAGACAGCCAUACGCUGGACCCAGAAAGGGGUCAAUAGGGACGGACCAACAUUUUAAUAAAUGUAGUCAUAUGAACAUGCAAGACAUGGCAAAAUGUGUAGAAUUGCAGGUAAUUAGCUUCAAAACAGUUCAAACUGUGUAAAAAGUUUUAUUUUGUUAUUGUAUUGUUUUUUUUAUAUGACUGUAAAUUACUGUCCAUCCGGAUCUUUUGACAGCUAGGAAAAUUGUGACCGGACCUUCUCAGAUAGUACAAGUACCAUGUUAGGAUUUUCACCAUAUUUCAGAUACCAGUCCAACAAUUUCAGUACAACACAAACUGCGUAAGUGUAGGGCCUAGGGUUUUGUUUAAAAUUAGCUAGGUAAGCUAAGACCCCUCCUCCCACUGCCUUAACCAUCUGGUGGGACUUCCUCCUCCUCACCUGUCCCCCAAACAGCACUUUAGCUUGUGCUUUUAUGAUUUGGACCAAUUAAAUCAAGUAUUCAUAUCUUGACCUGCCUAGCCACGAUGCUUUGUUACCAGUUAAUUGGCCAGUUGCCUGUUAGUAUUUUUUAUACCUGUUGAACAUAACUGCUGUUAUCCCUCCCCCUGAAACCUUGACUUUCUUUUGCCCCUUUUGUUUUUACUUGUAGCUCUGGUUAUCAGAAUGUUUUUUUCAUUGUUAAAAAAAAAUACAUUUGAGUUCUCUCUUGUGAAGCGGUCUGAUACUAUGAUUAUGAUACACUUAGCACAUGUAUAUUUGUUUAAUUUCUCGUUCUCUGAUGGAAACUCUUUUUGAUGUCAUUUGGUGCUGAGACAUGAGGCUCUAUUUUGUUCAGGGGGAAAGGAAACAUUUCAGGGAACUUUUAAAAUCAAUUAAAGUAAUUUCUUAAGUAAUA